AUGCAAUUCAGCACCCUCAUCAACCUCGGCCUCAUUGCCACCGGCGCCCUCGCCUACACCAACAACUGCAAGGGCUCCAGCAACUCCCCCAGCAUCACAGACUGCCAGGCGGCCCUCCGCAACAUCGACACCUCCGCCACCUACAACGACCAGUCCCAGUUCUCCGUCGGCAACUGCUACAUGAUCUACGCCACCAACGACGCCGGCGAGCAGCCUGUCAGCGGCCAGGUCCUCUACGACACUGCCAAGUCCAUCCUCGACACCUGCGGCCACCACAAGGGCAGCUACGGCACCAACAACUGCGACUCCUGCCAUGUUACUGUUAACUACCGUGUUGCGAAGAAGCUCUAG